AUGACGACGGACGAUGUCGUCCAGCAAGUUGAAGCCCUGAAAGUGAACAAAGACACGUACCUCUAUCGUCUGAAAACGACUCAUGUCCUUUGUCUGAUGACGGCGUUCUUUGUGCUCGUGCAGUCGUCCCAUCGAACUAUCUAUUCGAACGCUUUCUCACUAGGCUUAGAUCGUAGUUCACCUCACAAACCACACAUCUGUUCACCGAAUGAAGUCGUAGGAAUGGUCAUCAACUCUACUUUCUAUGGCAUAGACGGCUGCGUGCUUCACUUUGUGGAUGCACCGCGACAUAUCUCCACUCUCGUUGAUGAAAGCAAAAAUAAGAAACUUUGGGUUCACUUCAUUGGGGACAGUGACACAAGGGGGCUGGUUUUGGGCUUGCUGCGGUUCUUAUACUCGCCACUGCGAGCGGCGGUGACGAGCGAGAUGUUUGCUAAGGCAUAUGAUUGUUGGGAUGAGGCGUCCCAACAAACGUGUCCUGGGGUGAACAUAUUCAACCUUGCAAGAAUGCAGCACAUAGAUUAUCAGUUCUGCACUUCUCAAGAUGGAGUCCUUCAAAAUCAAAAGCAUUACGCUCGAGGGGGGCAUUCCAACAAGACAGAUUUGCUCGAAAAUGUAUUCGACUAUAACCUUAGAGUUUCUUUCGGCUUCGCGGGACCUGACGGUCAAUUUGUGAGUGCCUUGCGGUACUGGACUGAGCUAGAUAAUGAAUCUUUCCCUGACAUUUUUUACUUGAAUUUGGGUGCGUGGUUUUCCCAUGGUGAAACUAAUAUUACAACAACCGAAUCCGUCACGUCGCUCAUUGGCAACUUACAAGAAAAAACAGGGUCUGACAUCAUAUACGGGUCAUCUCUCAGUUUUAGGCAACACCUCUUUGACGACGCUGUUGCCCGAAUCAUACACCUAAAACGGGAAGUAGGUAUUACUAAACUGCACCUUUUUGAUAGAAGUGUGUUCGGUGGUACUUUGAUGAAAGACUUAAAGCUGAAGCAAAACAGCGGUCAUGCACCCCUCAUAGUAAAUCUGUUUGAUGCUCAACGGCUUGUGCAGCUGCUUUUAUUUAUUUUCAGGGUUCCUCUGAAUUCAUCCUUCAUACCACGUUGGUUCAGCAAAAAUUGUAGCACUGCAGUGACCGCUGACUUCAUAGGAACGUGGAACCAGCACUGUGAAUGGUCAUAG